UAUAUCUGUUCUGUUCAAAAUUCCAACGUUGCAUUUGAGCAUUACCAUCCAUUUGCUGCCUUAACCAUAGACCAUGUGAAGAACUAUGGAAUUCCAAAAGAUCUUACAUGCUCUCCUCGAGAAUGCAUACAGCUAUAUGACACCAUGGCAAAAGUAUGGCCAACAUGUGCAAAUAUGAAGACUUUGGAUCCAGAAGAGAAUAUACACCUAAAGGACAAAGUAUUAAUUACCAAAAAUGAUGCAAUAAAAUAUCAAGAGGCCCUUAAAAGUGAAUUAGUUGACUGGAUUGAAAAAAGGAUAUUGUGCACAAGU